AUGAAAUGAGAAAGUUCAAUAAACAACUCUCUUCAACAUUUUCCAAUGAAAUUCCUUUAUCCUAUUUGCAACAAGGUAGGCCCCCCACUGCACCUCCCCAAUAUUUUCAACAACUCAUUUAAACAAAAUUCUCACAUCUUAUCGACAGUAACAACUUCUUCCUUCGAGACUUUCAAUGGCGAAAUGCAAUCGAAGGAGCCAUCUUAGCAGAGCUUCCCUCAUCGUAGCCAUAGGCCCAUAGCAUUUCUGUUCAACGCCUAUAAUCAAGAUCUCUGUAGGCAAUCUUAUAAUUCAUUCAAAAUGACUUUCAAAUUUAUCAUAAGGAACAACAAAAAACAGAACGUCAUGGAGAUAGGAAGGCUGUGAAGGGGAUAUUUUGAAGGGGAAAUAAUAUUAAAAAAAGCCAACUUAGCUCCACGUUGCAAUAGAAUAUCAAGACAGCUCACAGCACUCAGGGCAUCUUCUCUCUCAGUAACGCUCCUCAUAAGCCAUACCACUCCAAAACUCCUCCGAAGCCCACGCGCCCACAGUCACUCUCUUCCUCACUCUGUUUCUCACAAGAUGGCCAAGAGCGUUCUCAUCCUCUGCGGCGAUUACAUGGAAGACUAUGAGGUGAUGGUUCCCUUUCAAGCGUUGCUGGCCUACGGAGUCUCCGUCCACGCCGUUUGCCCUGGAAAGAAAGCCGGCGACGUCUGCCGGACUGCUGUUCAUCAGGGCCUUGGUCAUCAGACUUAUUCUGAGUCACGGGGUCACAACUUCACAGUCAAUGCAACCUUUGAUGAGGUUGACGCAAGCAAAUAUGAUGGACUUGUUAUUCCAGGAGGGCGGGCUCCAGAAUAUCUUGCAAUGAAUGAAUCUGUUUUGGACUUGGUACGCAAAUUUUUUAGCUCUGGAAAACCAAUUGCCUCUAUUUGCCAUGGGCAGUUAAUCUUGGCAGCUUCAGGCUCAGUCAGAGGACGGAAGUGCACAGCUUACCCUGCUGUGGGACCUGCACUCAUUGCUGCAGGAGCUCAUUGGGUAGAACCUGAGACCAUGUCAGCAUGUGUUAUUGAUGGUAACCUUAUUACUGCAGCAACUUACAUAGGUCAUCCUGGGUUCAUCCAGCUUUUUGUAAAAGCACUAGGAGGCACCAUAACUGGUUCAGAUAAACGGAUUCUAUUUUUGUGUGGGGAUUACAUGGAAGACUAUGAGGUAAUGGUCCCUUUUCAAUCCUUUCAAGCUCUUGAAUGCCAUGUUGAUGCGGUUUGCCCGAAGAAGAAGGCCGGUGAGACCUGUCCAACUGCUAUUCAUGAUUUUGAAGGUGAUCAAACUUACAGUGAGAAGCCAGGCCAUGAUUUCACUCUAACAGCCACUUUUGAAGAUCUAAACAUCCCAAGCUAUGAUGCUCUUGUUAUACCUGGAGGCCGAGCCCCAGAAUAUUUGGCAUUAAAUGAGAAAGUAAUUGCCUUAGUGAAGGAAUUCAUGGAGGCAGGAAAGCCAGUUGCAUCCAUUUGCCACGGACAACAGAUUUUAGCUGCUGCUGGAGUUCUCAAGGGAAAGAAAUGCACUGCAUAUCCUGCUGUGAAACUCAAUGUAGUCUUGUCUGGGGCUACAUGGUUAGAACCUGAGCCAAUAGAUCGCUGUUUCACAGAUGGAAAUUUGGUAACUGGAGCUGCUUGGCCGGGCCAUCCAGAGUUCAUCUCUCAGUUGAUGACGUUGCUCGGUAUCCAGGUCUUGUUCUAGUUAUUUAUCUAUGUGCUGGCCUGUAUGCCUUAAUUGUCUAUUGAAUAAAUAGAUUCGGUUUACGUAUCAGAAUGAGGAAACUUUUUAAAUUUUGGUGUUGUGAUAUCAAUGCAGUCUAUAUGUUAUUUGGAUUGGGAAGAAAA